AUGGUCCGCAUCAAAGAGCGCUACCUGCUUGUCAACAUCCUGUACCCCACCUCCCUGUCGACAUCGUCCACGUCCACUACCACGUCAACGUCCACGUCCGGACAGACCCCCGACCUCAUCGCGCUCAACCAGCCGACGACCGAUAGGUGCGACCGCGGCACCAUACUCCGCGAGAUCCGCGCCCAGGUCGCCUCGCUCUUCGGCGACUACGGAUCCGGUGCCAUCGCCAGCCUGCAGGUCAAGUACAUCUCGCCGGCGACCUCGACGUUCAUCCUGCGGGUGAACCGAGCGCACUACCGGCUUGUAUGGACAGCGCUGACCAUGAUGGACCACGUGCCCGUACGGGACGGCAAGUUGUGCACGUUCAGGGUGGUGCACGUGAGUGGCACGAUACGCAAGAUAGAAGAGGAGGCAAUCAGGCGCGCAAGGGAUCUGAUGCUCGCCGUCAAAGAAGAAGCUGGGGCCAAGGACAACAGCGCCCUGGCUGCCAUCAUGAACCAAGGGAAAAGGACGCGGCAAGCUGCUUCGACAAGGAGCAUUUCGGUCAUGGACGACGACCUGAGCGAGGAUGACGAGGACAUGGCAGAUUACAGCGAUGGUUGA